CAGUUUGUGAGCUAGUCUCUCAUUUUCUAUUUUUUCGUUUUUUGCGCUAUGAAGAAAGUUCGACAUAUGACUAUUCUCAACAAGCAACAGUGUUUAUAAAUUGAUCGAUGUAAACAACGCAACCAAAUUGGAAAACGGCACAAAAAUAGUUUUAUUUUGUUGCGAAAAGGUUCACGGCGAGGUGUACGGCCUCACCGAGCGAGGUUAACGUGUGAAAAUAAGCUGACCCUUUACCGUGGUCCCCGCAGUACAAAGGAAACGAUCAACUAGACUGUUGCAGUUGUAGCGUCGUGGAUCCGUGGUUUAAGCUGCACAAUGAAGGACGAUAUUAUUUAUUUGGUCCUCCUUGCCUCGUGCAUCGGAUUUGGGCAGGUUUAUCGCAAGUUCACCGACCCGGAGCAGAAGAAACUGAUCGGAACGGGAUUCGGGUUGUUGGUGGUGCUAUCCGUCAGCGGGUUCCACAUGCUGCACAUGCUCUUCUGUUAUCUCGUGAGUGCACUGCUGAUAAUCUAUGCUAGCCGAAAAAUUUGUCAUUUGACCUGUUUCGGGUUUAUGUUCGGAUAUCUGUUUUUCUUUCGAUCGCUGUCCUUUCUGGGUUACGAUGCACCGCCCGGGCACACGAACAUGAUACAGAUGAUUCUAACGCUAAAACUAGUGGGUCUUGCAUUCGAGGUGAACAAUGCCUAUACCAAAGCAAAGACAAUCGAUGAGUCGAAAAAGGCAUCGACCGGGAUUGAUAAUCAAGCGCAACCGGCAGCGGAACUGAAUGAUGCUGACCGUGCGUUGCUAAAGCUGAACAUGCUAGACAUCUUUCACUACAGCUUCAAUUACGUCGGAGUACUGACGGGUCCUUACAUUACGUUCAAAACCUACCGGGAUGCAAUCUAUCUACCGUUCAGUGGGAAAGCAGACUGCGCCGGGGCAACGAUAGAAAAGCUAAAGGUUAUUCCACUGUAUGCUGGACUGUUUUUGCUUGUAUCGUACAUAUGGCCACUAGAGUACGCCACUAGUGGGCAAUUUUACGAAGAUCGGUCGUUCUUCUAUCGGUUGAUGUACGUAUGGCCAACGUUUUUCAUCUUCCGCAUGCGUAUUUAUACGGGUAUACUUUUAAGCGAGUGUGUUUGCACAAUGGCCGGUGUUGGAGCUUACCCGAAGCUUUGUGCAAGUAAACCAGGCCAUGGUCCUAGCAAAGAAGAUUACAGUGCAUACGUGUCGUCGUCGUCGUCGCUGGAAUACGAUUUCGAAACGGUACGCAACAUCGACGUGAUCAAUACGGAACGCUGCUGGACGUUCCGGGAAGCCAUGAAGUACUGGAACAUGUGUGUACAGUACUGGAUGGCAAUGUACGUAUACAAGCGCUUCCCUAGCAAGAAAUAUCGUACCCUCGCCACGUUGGCCGUUUCAGCAAUCUGGCAUGGUGUGUACGCAGGAUAUUACUUCUGCAUAUGCGGAGCACCAUUCUAUCUCCCGAUAGAGGAUCUGUACGUGAAGCUGUUCAUAAAGGAUGCUACGGGACAGAAACGCACAGUGCUGAAUGUGCUCUGCUGGAUCUCGAAGUUUUUCGCCUUUUCGUACCUAGGUAUUGCGUUCUUGCUGCUAACGGUGGACAAAAUUUGGUACUAUUACAGUUCCGUGUACCACUUUGGGUACGUACUGUGGAUUGUGCUAUACGGAGUAGGUGUAUUGAUAGCGAAGCAGCGAAAAGCUAAAGCUAAAAAAGAGGCUAAACUACAACAGGAAGUUAGCAAGCAGGACUGAACUGUACGCUACAUUCUAGACACGCGCCAUUGUUCUCAUGACACUCAACUAGACUCAAAUUUGUUGCACUACUAAGAAAACAAUUAUAAACACAAAGUAUGGUGUUCCGUUUUGCGUUCAAAGCUAGACUUUAUGUUAUAGUUGGUUAGUGAUGUUCUUGCGGGUAAAUAUUUAACAUGUUUUUUUUAUUGAAAUAAAAUGGGUUCUGUUGCACAGCAUAAA